AUGGAAAAACACAGACUGAACAUACUGGUCUUAGUGGCCAUUUUAAACCCACUGAGUCACUUUUCCCUUAGUUACAGUUUCAGGAACUGCGUGGAAAACCCAACCUCUAACCACACUCGUUUUGACUGUAUGUAUCGUUAUGAGCAAAAUGCAUCUGCUAUAGUGGCAGACCUACCCCCCUCUGCUAAAGUCCUCAACAUCUCCGUAUGUGCAGUGUCCACGAUCCCCAGUGGAAGUUUCUCCCAUCUCCCGAAUCUGACAGUGUUGAGACUGCACAACAAAAACCUAAGUAACAUUGACAAAGACGCCUUCAGAAACCUCUUCCAGCUUCAGAUUAUGAACCUGUCUUCCAACAGAAUCUCAUACCUGCAUCCCUCUACGUUCAACAACCUUCACAGCAUCACAAACCUCCUCAUACAGGACAACCUCCUCCCGUCUCUCUCUCAGGCUGUGUUCGCUGACCUGGAGAAUCUUGAGUCACUGAUUCUUCGGAGGAACCUCCUGAGCAGUUUCUCAGUGGUGGUGGAGUCAGUGGCUCACAUGUCAAAGUUAACCACUCUAGACCUUAGCUUUAACAGACUACCCUCCCUUCAUCAUAAGGCACGUCUCCCACCAUCGCUUCAGAGGCUUUAUCUCGGUAACAACCGUCUCAAAACACUGGGCUGCAAAACAGAUCUCUUCAGCAGGGUUAAAGUGCUUGACCUUUCAUACCAUAAAAACCUCUCAUCCAAAGAUUUCCGGGGUCUGGACUUAGGGAGUAUUACCUAUCUGCGCUUGCGUUCCACCUCAGUGAAUGUGGGGGAGCUUCUUAAUGUCACCAACCUUACGCCUCAGCAUAUGGAUUUCUCUGGUUUGGGUUUAAAUAACUCACUAGUGAAACUCUGCAAACUUCUACGCAAGCACGUAAAAACACAUGCGAUACGAAAAAUGAUUCUACAAAGUAAUGGGAUACACAAUUUAAGCAAAGCGACUUUCCAUAAUUGUCCAUCCUUCACUAAUAUUUUAGACCUCUCCCAAAAUGAGCUAAAGACCACAGGAUGCCUGCAGUUCCUCAGAGAUCACCAACAGCUUCAGAUAAUCAAAGUGGAGCAUAACCACUUGACCAAACUGGAAUCCUGCAAAAGGACGGACGACCUGUCAUUUCCUCACAUGAAGGAGAUGAGCUACCGUUAUAAUCGUAUACUACUAGUCAGCGGCUUUGCCUUCUAUCACACACCCAAUCUGACUAAUCUGGAACUCAACAUAAAUAUAAUUGCCUAUCUAGACCAUAAGGCUUUGCACGGGCUUAGAAACCUUAAAAACCUUCGUCUGGAUAACAACCUUCUGACCGACGUCUACGAAGACAGUUUUGAAGACCUUCACAGUCUAAAUACACUCAACCUUCGCAAUAACCGAAUCGCUGUCAUAUUUAACAGAACUUUCCAUUCCCUGCAGAAACUCGAAAUUUUGGAUCUUGGUGGGAACAAAAUCAGUCAGUUGAUGCCAGAGGCGUUCAGUGGGCUCAGCAGUCUGACUAAACUGUACUUGGACCGAAACUGCCUGAAAAAAAUAGACGGCGAUCUGUUUGGAAAGCUCCACAACACACUGCAAGUGCUGGAUCUGGAAGCUAACAACAUUCGGUAUUCCAGCAUGUUUGAAAAUCCUCCAUUUGUCAAACUAACCAAGCUCUUGGAUCUGAAAUUAAGCGGACAGUUGCCACGUGGCAUAGCAAUGUUGCCCCUUGAUUUUUUCCGUGGGUUAAGUUCCCUGAGAAGUCUUUGGCUAACCAAUAAUCACAUUGCUUUCUUUGGUUGGAACACUUUUGAUGACCUGUUGAGCUUGGAGUUCCUUGUCCUGGAUAAUUCAUGUGUUGGUGUGACCCAGCUGAAACCUGGCAUCUUUAAAAACCUUCGCAAGUUGAAGCAUCUUCGAGCUAAGAACCUGGGUAUUCGUUCUUUCUCUAGAGAAGUCUUUGGGAAUCUAACAAGACUUGAAGUAGUGUACCUGAAUCACAACGUCAUGCAAACUUUGAAUUCCACUUUCUUGGAAGAGUUGUUAAAUCUUAAAUAUCUGGAUGUGGAAAAGUGUCCCCUCAGUUGCGGUUGUCUUAACACUGAUCUGCAGAACUGGACCAAUUCUACCCAGAAAGUGCAGCUAGCCCAUAUUUAUGAUUUGAAAUGCCCUGACCUCCCUAACUCUGACUUCCACGACUUUGACACAAAGGUCUGUUACCUACACAUUGAAAUCUACUUCUUUGCGUCGACAUAUUCUGUAUCCCUUCUACUUACUCUAAUACCACUGCUUUACGUGAAACUUUACUGGAAAUUCAAGUACAGUUACUACGUCUUUCGCUCGUGGUUCGGUGAGCAGUGGCGUCGUGUGAGAGAACAGGAAGAGGACUGCGAGUACGACGCUUUCGUCUCCUACAACUCUGAGGAUGAGAAGUGGGUACUGGACACACUGGUGCCGAACCUGGAGGGGAACGGGUCUUCUUUCCGCCUGUGCCUGCACCACCGUGACUUUGAGCUGGGCCGUGACAUCGUGGACAACAUAGUGAAGGCUGUAUACAGCAGUCGCAAGACCUUGUGUGUGGUGAGCCAGCACUACCUGCACAGUGAAUGGUGUUCUUUGGAGAUUCAGCUGGCCAGCUACCGCAUGUUUGACGAACUCAGAGAUGUGCUACUACUCAUCUUCCUCGAGCCAAUCCCAGAGAGGCAGCUGUCUGCUUACCACCGCAUGAGGAGGGUCAUGCUCAAGAAGACCUACCUGCAGUGGCCAGGAAGAGACUGCUCUGAUCCCACAAAGGCUCAAGAGCUGUUCUGGAAAAAGCUGAAGAGAGCUUUACGGAGCAGCAACAACAGGAGCCGAGAGGAGGAGGAGGGGAGCAAGGAGAGGGAGGAGGAACCUCAGGAGAGAGCAGAGGAGAGGGAACAUUUCAUAAAUGAACGACAAAAAGAUGAUGAACCGUACUAUUUGAUGCCUUAAAAAUGAUGUG